AUGCUAGUCCGGGUGUACUAUGCUCUGACUUCCCGAAAAUGCCGACGAGCUGUGCUGCCGGUGUACCCGUGCAGAAUCCUUUGCUUGCUUCUCGCAUGCCCAGCCGUGUUCUUGGCUUGGCAACUGUGGCCAGCUGCUUUUCCACUGCAAGAUGCUGAUGUUCGCGAAUAUGCCGGCGUGGCAUCGAGGGUCUCGCAAGAAUGGCGCCCCGGGUCGAGCCGGGCUCGCGCGCAUCAUUUGGUCGAAAGCUUGAGGAGUCGACCCCAACUAUCCAAGCUGACCAGCAAGAAGGAAGAAGAGAUCUCUAGCACGACCAGGAAAAUCCCCGCGUCCUCAAAUUCUGCGAAGAAUCUACGGAAGCUGGCCAGUCCUGGAAGUGUCGCACCCAUGGCCAGAGAGCAGCAACCCGCUCCGUCUAAACCAGCAUUGUCUGCAAAGCUUCAUCCAGCCCAUGGAAGACUCAUCAGGGAAUAUCCUUUUCAGCCCGUCCGGAAUGAAAGAGGUGAAUUCGUUAAUGUCAUACUUGUGAGGUCACCCUUUCGAUCUCGGCACCAGAAGGAGCUGUUUGAUCAGUAUAAGCAGGAGUUGCUCUUCCUCGGCAUCAGUAGCUUCGAGGACUAUCCGCAGCCGCCUCCAAAUCCUUUCUCUGGAAAGUUCCCCAAGGAUGAAUACGUCGGUCUUUUCCCUGGCUUCCUGCACAUGCUUCGCGAGCCAGCAAAGAUCUUCCCCGAGACAGUUAAAUUGGUUUUGAUGUCGCAGUCAGACUUUUCGCUUCCUCCCCCGCAGCCGAAAAUGGCGACAAAAUAUGAUUUUACUUUCUCUGGUUCGGAUCAAGAUGUCCACAACGAUUGUGUUGGCUGGUCGUCUUACGCCAAGAACUGGACCUUUGUCAAAACGGCCUUGGAGGUGAUGUGCGGUGAGCUUGGCAUGACUGGCGUCCUUGUUGCCACAAAGGAUAAGCAGGGUCGUCGUGCAUGUAGCAUUCCGCCGAGCUGCAAGGGCAAGAUUUUGCAGACAAAGUUCUUGGCGCAGAAUGAAUUCUUCGAUUAUGUUAGGCAAAGCAAAUUUCUGUUUGUCCCGCAGGUCCACGAUGCUUCUCCGCGCGUGACGACUCAGGCUUUGGCUCUCGAUGUUCCCUUGCUUAUGAACUGGAACCUCAUUGGCGGCUGGAAGUAUCUCAACGACAAAACCGGCGAGUUUUUUCAUGACAUUGGUGAUUUCCGUGACAGCGUGAAGAGACUUUUGCGGAAGGUCGAAGAAGAUGAAUACUCGCCGCGGAAGUGGGUCACAACAAAUUACGGAGACCAAGUGUCUGGAACAAGGCUCCGACAGUUCGUUGAAGAGAACUUUGCUGACCGAGUCAAGCUGCCAGAGGGCACCCGGCUCCUCUUCCCAUCGGGAGCGUGA